CAUUCUCAACUCUCGUUUUGAUGUUGUUUCACCGUCGGUCAUUCCAAAUACGACAAUGCUGCCUUCGUCCGCAAUCAUUCCCCUGCUCCUCCUAGUCACCAACACCCUGUUCCUUUCUACCGUCGCCUCCGAUGAGGUUUCCGUCGUCUCCCACCCUUCCAAGCUCGUCCUCCCCGCCGGGCGCCCAGUCGAUGGAUCUCAGGGCCUCUGUAACCGUGUCAUUAUACGUGGCUUCUCCCGGCUCCAUAAGGCCUCCAAGUACGCCAACGCCCUCAAGGUAACGGUCUCCGUCGACCCAGUCAAUGCCCCCUUCCGCAUCCAGACUACCGAGAUCUGCUUCCACAAGAACUUUUCGAUUGGGGUAGGCAUGUGCUCCCCUGAUCAGUGGCAGAAGCUCUCCAAACCUAUUUGGACUAAGUCGAUGUCGCCAUACGAGGAUAGGAUAUUGGAUAUCCGGACGCCACUGGAGCCAUCGAGAAAGAUUGAGUUAUCCACAGAAGAAGAAUUUCUGCUCCAUCGUUUGAUUUUUCUGGUUUUGGGUGCGGUCAUGAUGAUAGCUGCUCAUACUCUUAGCGAGUCGGUGGUUUUCUAUUAUGGUGGCGCUAUGACCUUAGGUAUCAUAGUGGUGGUUCUAAUAAUUCUUUUUCAGGGCAUGAAGCUACUGCCAACAGGAAGAAAAAGCUCACUAGCUAUAGUCCUCUAUUCUUCAAUUGUAGGUGUCGGGACCUUUCUUUUAACAUAUGUUUCUGGACUAUUACGUUCAUUUCUUGUGGAGAUGGGAGUUAGUGAAGAUAUGCACAAUCCUCUGGGUAUAUUUGUUCUUAUAUGCCUUGUGUUAGCUGGAGCUUGGUUUGGUUAUUGGGCUGUCCGCAAACUCGUUCUGACGGAGGAAGGGUUGGUCGAUUAUGGUGUCGCUUAUUUUGUUGAAUGGUCAAUCUGGAUAUUUUCUGCUGCUUUAAUUCUUGAGAGCUCUUUGGAUACACUUUUUGCAGCAGAGGUGCUCGGUCUCAUAAUGUUUACCGUAGCAAUGACAAAGGGAAAAAGGUUACGCUUUCUGCGACGUGUACUCAGGCGAAUGUACAAGCGGACUCGAAGGACUGGAGGACUCUCAGAUCACUUGCAUCGACAUGGAUCCCAAUCAUAUAAUUUCCCAGUCUCAGGUUCGAUAAAUAGGAGGUCACCAAUGCAUGAUGAUGACUAUUACUCCACCAUUCAUCGCACUCCUGUGAGGCGCUUCUCCAAGAAAGAGUGGGAUAAUUUUACCACAGAACAGACUAACAAAGGCUUGACAGAGUUGGUCUCUUCGCCUGAAUUCCAAAGAUGGGCCAUGGACAAUGUCGAAAGGCUCCACGUCACGCCCACAUCAGAUCGCAGAGGGGAAGAAAGGAAGCAGCGCAGAUUCUUCAUGUGGUUUUAAUUCAGAAAACCUGAUCCCUUUAACUGUUGGGUUCUCUUAGCUUUCAGGAUGUAGCAUUUUUUUUUUCUUUUUCAUUUUGUCAUUAAGUUGUAGCAUGUGUUGUAACUUUAGAUUAACACCAAUUGUAUGCGUGAACUCAAUUUUGUACUAAUUAUUGCCUCACCGUCCAUGGUGUGUAUUUUGUACGAACGAGUGAGAAAAAACAGGUUUAUUGCUUCAAA